UUCUAAAAUAUGAAUGAACCAGUUACGAAAUAUGAAAGUUAUGCAAGGAAUGCUGGGCGCAGCAGAACGUCUCAGUCUCAACUGCGUAGCCUAGUGUCGCAAGGAAUCACUACACGCUCGGCCGCCGCCACACCACGCCGCAUACAAAGGAGAAACAUUAUCGCCCACACACACAGCGUAUAACUGGAAUAGAUUUGGUGCUGCUGACUCCGUCCCAACACAACACAUAUUUCCAUCUAGGGGUGCGGCGUCGCAGGCGGUUUGUUUCCACCGUCAUGUCUCCUUUUUGUCGCAUUGGGAUGGGAGUGAUGCGAUAGAAAAGUUGACGCUCGUGUAGGCUGUCAUGUGUGCGCUUCCUUUUCUUCAGCUCUGGGUGGACAACUGAUGUGACUGGCGUGAUUGGUGAUGAUCACACAUACAUUUGUUGAUGUGUGUGUCUGUGUGCAAGUGAAGCUAGCGACCAUUGAAGCCUCACGGGGGGAGAGCGUUGAGGUCUGGGGUCAGACGCCGGGCGGUCACUGACCACAUCGGAAGGCUCACUGCGGAUAGGUUGGCAGCCAAACGGAGGAGCCAGCGUCCACUGACUACCUCGACCCUAUCCCGACCACCAUGGGGAACCACGCUGGCAAGGACAGUAUUGGCCAUACAGGUUCUCCUCUGGAUUUCUUCCACACGCCUCCUACGAGCCCCUCAGAAGAAGCCCAGCUCGCUGCUUUGGCCUCCUCCUCCUCCUCAGUCUUCACCAACAAGAUGCAGACCCCCUGCCACCCCUGCAGUCCCUGCCCCCCUACCCCGACCCCGAGCAACUGCCCGCGGCAGCAGGUCCUUCAGGGGGAGUGGGCACUGAUCAGCAUGGAGAGUCAACCUUCUCCACAGAUGUCUCUGAGUCACGAGAAAAAGGAAGAGGAAGAGGCGGGAGCAAAGCAUUGUGGGAACGUGGGCUCACUCAGCCCGGCGCCAAUGCCGCUGCCCUGGGGCUCGCCGACGGAACAAGUCUGGCAGGAGAGAGACAGUGGGCUGGAGUCCCCGCUGGGGGCCGAGCAGGUGGGCCAGGAGACGAGUCUGGUGAUGCGGAGUCUGAUGGAGUACUACAGGGCCUCGCUGGGCCUCAGCCCCGGUCCUGACGACUCAGUCGGAGCAGUAGAGCUCCUCAGGCGCUUGGUGUCAGAGAGGGGUGAGCUGGUCGAGGAGGUAAACGGCUUAAAGGAGACUCUACGGACUGAGAGGGCAGAGUGGCUGCAGUUCCAGCGUGACCUGCAGGUGGCGGUGUCCGUGGCGGACAGGCUGCGUGCGGAGGCCGAGCAGGCGCUGGACGCGCUCCGGGAGCACCACGGCGCCGCGGAGGCCCGGCUGGUGCAGGCCCUGAGGAGACAGCAGGAGCAGGACCGGGAGCUGCGGGACCUGGAAGCCCAGCACCGAGACGCCCGUCAUCAGCUGUCCACGCUGAACGCCGAGAGGCGGCGGGGGCACACGGGGUCGGACGCUCGAAUCAGUGCACGCGGUUUGGCGAAGGAUGGAGCAGAGCCAGAGGUGAAUGUGGUGGGAGACUCCUCGGAGGAGGAGCAGGGUAACGACGGGAAAGAGGAGGGUAGGCGGCAGAACUGCGCACUGGUCGCGGUGGGAAAGAAGGACUUAGAGGAGAAGCUGCUUGAAGGGGUGCACACGGAUGUGGAGGCUCAGGACGUGGAAGGACAUUGCGAGGCACAACCUAAAGGUGUGGAGGACGGAGGAGGGCAUGGCUGCGUGGGGAGCCUCGGGGGGGAGGGUGACCUGGAGUCGGAGAAGACGCAGCUUGCUGGAAAGGGUGUCGCUGAGGCUUACAUUCUCAGUUUGGCUGCCAUUAAGAAGAAGAAGGAGGCGGAGGCAGGCAUCGGUACUCCAGACCACAGGAGAGUUUUGAUGCUUUCUGAAAGAUCCUGGAGCCUUUCUCGACUCCCUCUCCCUGAAAACACCAAUAAAAGCAGCCCCUGCCAAAACAACAGUUCAACGUUGCCGCUAUGCAAGAAGGAAGAGCCUGCCAAAGAGAAAAAGAUGACUAGGCUUCUGCAACGGCAAGACAGUUGGUCCAAUUUUUCUACAAAAAAGCCGGAUGAGGACCCAAACCCUGAUUCCAAUAGACCUCAGGAUGCCUUUAGCGUUCUGCUACGACGUCACGGCGGCUCCAGGAGAAACGCCUUGCUCCGCUGGUGCCAAACCCGUACCAAGGGAUAUAAGAAUAUUGAGAUCACAAACUUCAGCAGCAGCUGGGAGGACGGCCUGGCCUUCUGCGCCGUGUACCACACCUACAUGCCGUCGCAUGUCCCAUACGGCAGUCUCACACCUGAGGACAAGAAAGGAAACCUGGACCUUGCUUUCCAAACUGGGAAUAGUAUUGGAAUCACAGCCACACUGACGGUGGAGGAGAUGCUCAAAGCAGACGGACCCAACUGGCAGAGGGUACUGGGAUACAUUGAAGGCAUCUUUCGCCACUUUGAGAUGUGAUCAACCACCUUCAACCUCCCCAAGCUUCCUUCAAAUGUUGUGACCCAUCCCCGAGCAUAAAGGACUGAGGACCACUCCUCCACAGGGAGCAGCACGAGAACCACAUCUCUUUAAAAUGGCCUGGGCCACGCAAAGCAAUAUGAGAAACUAUGAUAUUUUGUGUGUAAAUGUAUAUCUAUGAAUCUUUUAUUUAUAUGAACACUUCCAGUCAUGCAUGUCACAUCUGUUCUCAAACUCGAUGCACAACAGAGGGAGGGGCCGGACGUGAAGUUUAUAUGCUGGCCUGGUAAAACUUAUGAUUGUAUUCACUGUGUGAGUGGGUGAGAGACGAGAUGCUAUUUAAUUUUUAACAAUUUACAACCUAUAAACAGUUUCCAAACGUCGAGUCACAAUAAUAAAGUUAUAUGUAUACAUUUAUAAUGGUGCCAGUUUGGUUUUUGAACAUGAUGAUCAGAACAGACGGAAAGUUAUCUUAUACAAUUUUAAUACAUAAAGGCAUUUGUCAAUAUCUGACACACUAUAAAAUGGUGGCAUUUAAGUGGGUUAUUGUGAAUGACAUAACAAUUGAUCCCAGGGCUCCAGACUGCAACCAAAUGGUCGCCUUUUGCGACCAAAAUUUGAGUGCGACUGAAUUUUGCCCUUUUUAUACUUUGUAUUUGUACACGUUAAACGGGGAAGGGGCGUGUCAACGAAUCCGGCAUCUGUAGCAGGUAAAUGAGUGUGAGAAAGAUAGGGAA